GCCGCUGGGCCGCGCCCCGCCCGGGAUCCGCGCCGCCGCCGCCGCCAUGAAGCUGACCGACAGCGUGCUGCGGAGCUUCCGCGUCGCCAAGGUGUUCCGCGAGAACUCGGACAAGAUCAACUGCUUCGACUUCAGCCCCAACGGCGAGACCGUCAUCUCCAGCAGCGACGACGACUCCAUCGUGCUGUACGACUGCCAGGAGGGCAAACCAAAGAGAACCCUGUACAGUAAGAAAUAUGGCGUAGACCUCAUCAGAUACACGCAUGCAGCAAACACGGUUGUUUACAGCUCUAACAAAAUAGAUGAUACCAUACGUUACUUGUCCUUACAUGACAACAAAUAUAUCAGAUACUUUCCAGGACAUAGCAAAAGGGUGGUGGCCUUGUCCAUGUCACCUGUGGAUGACACUUUCAUUUCUGGGUCUCUUGAUAAGACCAUCCGACUCUGGGAUCUCCGGUCACCUAACUGCCAGGGUCUCAUGCAUCUACAGGGCAAGCCAGUUUGUUCUUUCGAUCCAGAAGGGUUAAUUUUUGCUGCAGGUGUCAACUCUGAAAUGGUCAAACUUUAUGAUCUUCGUUCUUUUGAUAAGGGACCGUUUGCGACCUUUAAGAUGCAGUAUGAUCGGACUUGUGAAUGGACAGGGCUUAAAUUCAGCAACGAUGGCAAACUCAUACUCAUCUCCACCAAUGGCAGCUUCAUUCGCCUCAUCGAUGCGUUCAAGGGCGUGGUGAUGCACACGUUUGGGGGUUAUGCCAACAGCAAAGCUGUCACGCUGGAGGCUUCGUUUACUCCAGACUCCCAGUUCAUCAUGAUCGGUUCUGAGGAUGGCAAGAUCCACGUGUGGAAUGGAGAGAGUGGCAUAAAAGUAGCUGUAUUGGAUGGCAAACACACAGGCCCCAUUACCUGUUUGCAGUUCAACCCGAAGUUCAUGACCUUUGCCAGCGCAUGUUCCAACAUGGCCUUCUGGUUGCCCACCAUUGAUGACUGACCCCAAGGCCACCUGGCUGUUUGUGUACUGUGAGGGUGCUGGCAGGAAAAACUCAGAGGGGACUGAGCUGACCCGGAUGGGAUCAUCUGCCCCUGCUGGAAACCAUCUUUCUACCAUGCCUUCCCACGGAUGUGCUAUAUCUGACACAAAAACUGCGACUUUGCUGAGCUUCUCCAAAUGGACCCUGGUGCUGAAGACUGAAUUGGGACGCGGCCUCUGCAGCCAGCACCGCCUCCGGCUCCUCCUGCGGGCCGAGCACACUCACGGCUAGGUCACAGGCUGUUGGGCACCUGGAACUUUGAAUGUAAUUGCUGCCGAGGAGCCGGGGACGGGGGUCCGUUCUGCACAUCCUUCCUCUCCCCUGAUAAAUGCAUGGGAAGCCUCCGCUGUGGUUUUGAGAUGCCAGGGGCGCGCUGUGCCCUGCCCUCAUCCUGCAUGUGUUGUUACUGGGGUCUCCUUUUGUAUUCGUGGCAUUGCUCCACAGCCAUCGUGUUUCUUAGGUGCCAAACAUUUCCAGAAGUGAAGUCUUGGCGGGCGUCGGGGGUCUGAGGAAGGCACAGGAAAAGCGAAGGAAGCAUGGUGUGCUGCAAGUUAGAUCUGUGAGGGUGGGGGAUCUGGUCAGGCCUCAGGCUCUGGUGUAGGGUAGGUCAAGUGACAGACAGGUGAGUUCCAAGGGCUAGACAGUCCUCCACACCCAUCUAAGCCCAUCGUCCUUUUGGGUGCCUGCUGCACGUGCUCCGUACAGAAGCGGCGCGGCGCGGCAGGAGCCCAGCUUGGUUCCUGCGGUGCAUCCCACUCUCCGGUGGGCCAGUGUUGUGGAACGAGUCUGUGUUGUUUACAAUGAUGCCGCCUCCCCUGCCUACCACCAACUGUGUACAUAGUUUGCAGAUGACACCCCAGAACGAUCUCCCAGCUCCCCCCCAACGAGCUGGCUCUAGGCCUGUGUUAUAUGUUCUAUUUAGCCUUUUUAUAUAUGACCUUUGCAUUGUUUGUAUUUUAGCACAGCGUGCGCACCUCCACUUAAAUAUACUUGUGCAGGCAUCUUAUCUUCUCUCUCGUGUAUAGUUUUGGAAUCCAGCUCAAGGAGGGAGGCCUGCACCCUUGCUUAAAGUGUUUGCCACCAGUGUUAGUCCUUCCUCCCCUCUCCUCUUCCCUUUGGGAGACUCGAUGAAGCGAAACUUCUAGUGUUUGCUGUUUCCCUUGGCAGCUAAGUGAAGGGUUGACCCUGUGUGUGCCUCAACCCACACUUUGGGGCCCUCUCUACAGUAUUAGUCUCUUUUUCACCUGGUUAUGCUCUGUCUGCACCUGUGUGUGUGUGUGUGUGUGUGUCUGUCACUUUUGCAUGGCUUCCGUGCCUAGCUUGCCACAUUUGGGGACAGGGUGCUAGAACCAGUGUUCUUCAUUGUCCGAAGCUUCUUUGCCAAUUGAGUAGGUUACUCCCAUUAGCUGGUUGGUCUUUCGUGCUCUCUUGCUUGCUUGCUUGCUUCUGAGAAAGGCCCAGGUGGCAAAGAGCUACAGCAGUCAGUGACUUAAGUUCCCACCCAAACAUUUCUGGGGUUAGCAUUCCCCUGCACAUGGAGAAACUGAGGCCCAACAAGGUUGUGUAUAAAUCACCCUGCGGUACGCAGCUGCCAGGAGUCAAUCCAGCCAUGACUGCUUCUGCUGAGCAGCAAUCCUAGGCUAUGACUCACUAGCACUUUUUUCUUUUUUUCUUUUUUUUUUUUAGAAAAAAAAAAAGCAAUUAUUUUUUUACUUGUUAUUCACGCUGAAAAGCCAAGAGGCAGACACCUGUGUUACAGCAGACGAGAAUCUGCUGUAUGGUACGGUGUGGUGCCCGCACGGUUAGGAGACUUGUACCUCUCCCGGUGUGGAGGGGCCGCCUGCCCGCGGGGCAUCAACGCUUCUGAGUCUUUUCAGAGAAAAGACUUAACUUUACCCAGCAUCAAGAAAGAAAACAAUUCGUAUCUGACUUCCUCUGUGUCCAAAAUCUGAGGUGCCAUGUCUUCAGAAAACAUGCCACCACCAACAAGCCCUGAAAACUGCAGAGCUAGCCUUGGGGAGACAAGCUAGAAGUGAGGCGUGGGUAGCCACUGCUUUUAUGUAUGUGGUGGGGGACUGUGUGUGCAUGCAUGUGCAAGUAAGUGUGUGUGUGUGCGUGCGUGUGUGUAGGCAGGGUCUCACAAUGUAGGUUCAGGCUGGCCUCACUUUUCCAAUUGUACAAUCCUAGGCAUUCACUAUCAUGCCCAACUCCAGUGGGAUUUUUUGUUUUUCCCCUUCCCUUACCCUCUUUUUUUGUUUUUUAGGGUAGUGUGAAUUGAACCCAGGACCUUGGCACUUGCUAGGCAAGUGGCCUACCAUGUGACCUACACUCCCAGCUCUCCAGUGGGGUAUUUUCUUUUCCUCUUUUUAAUUUUUUUUUCUUUUUUAAAAAUGAUUCCCUGUUGUAAUCAUAAUUAUUGCUUACUAAGGAAAAUUUGAGAGAAUUACAGAAUCGUGGGCGACUCACAUAUUAUGUUAAAUCUGUUGAUGUUAAAUGUUUCUCUAGACAUUUCUGUGCAUAGAUUUGGGGCGUGUUUACAUAGUUGUUAUUCUACUGUACAUACAAUUUUAUGUCCUUUUUGUACUUAAAACAUAUAAACUUUUUUCCCCCAUGUUAUCAGUCUUAAACAGAA